AUGCCGCCCACCAACGCCCUUUUCGCCCGCGCGACGUGCGCACAACCGAGCGCGCCGUUUUCCUUCUCCAUGCGACCCUUUGCGCAGAAAACAACGACAACAGCGCGCUCGCAAUGCCUCGUUUGCGCCACGACGACGGCCCGACGCGCCUACGCCGCAAGCGCUGCCAUUACCGACCGCCGUAACCUUCCGCGCGUCAUCCAGCCCAGUCUCUGGCAGAACAUGGUUCCGAAGCACUUCCGCUCCAAGAACAAGCGGCCCUUCACCUGGAAGGAAUGGCGGGCGAAGCCGUGGAACCCGGCGUCCGUGUGGAUUGCGUUUGGCCUGGUUGUCGGCUCCAACGCCAUCAACACGCUGGUGCUGCGGCGCGACAUUGCCGAUUUUACCCGCAAGGCCGACGCCAAGAUUGCCCUGCUGCGCGAGGUGUUGGAGAAGGUUCAGAGAGGGGAGGAGGUCGAUGUCGAACGUAUUCUGGGUACCGGACGGGAGGAGAGCGAGAAGGAUUGGGACGAGGCAUUGAAAGAGAUUGAAGAAGAGGAUCGCACAUUGCAAUCUCGCAAGAGAAGAAAGGCUGCCGCGGCUGAGACUGCACCACCUGCCGCACCUGCAACGGACUCGACACCGGCAACCGAUUCCAAAGACGCAUCAACGAAGGUGGACUAUGUAGUACCUCAGGAUCGCAGAGGUCCUAUUGGUUUCUAUUGA